AUGCUCGGACGCAUCUGCGCGCUUCGGUAUGAUCUAAGCGGGUGGAUACGCCCGCUCGACUCGCAGGCAGAGACUUGCGUCCCCUUCGAUGCAGUCGAGGGCGCCGCGCUCUGGGGGCCACCUGCCCGCCCGCGCAUCAACCAGGAGGUCGUCUUCGAUUUGCGCAGCCCUCUGCGCAAUCGUCGCGCAACCAACCUGCGGGGCUACUGUGCUGCUGGGAGCUCGGACACGGGCGGCGCUUCACCCGCUGUGGGCAGCUCCGAGGCGGCCAGAGGCACUCAGCGCGCGCCGCCCGUCGCAGCCCUGCACUCGCGAGCUGCGCAGCCGCGCGCGCGGUCCUCGCCGACAGGGUCGCUCGCGGAAGCAUCGCCACCGCCGCGGUGCGGCGCGGCAGCCGUUCCAGCCGCAGAGGGCUGCUGUCGCGCGUCGAGGGGAAGCCGAUGGGACUCGGCCGACGUCCGUGCUUCUCGCGGUGACGAGCAGCCGCUGCGCGGCAUUGCGCCUGACGUGUAUGCGUCGGAGCACGGGCGGGGAGGGGCAGCGGCCAGCGCGGCGCCCCGCCAGGUCGAGACCCUGCGAGGCGUGCGGCGAGCGCAGAGUCGCCGCUUGGCCGAGCUCGGCACGCCACAGAGGGCCGUCCGGGACGAGCUCGUCGCCGCCGCCCUGGCUGCGGCGCGCGAGGCUCUGCGCAGAGGUGACCCCGAGGCGAUGGUGAACGCCGUGGUCGACAUCAUCGCGCUGCUGUCGCCGCCGCGGCGCCCAGGCGUCAGGGCGCAGGGGCUGCCCAUGCCCGAGGGCGCCGUGGACCGCCUGCGCGCGGCGAGGCAGAGGGCGCUUCGCCGGGCGCUCCUGCGGCUGCUGUCGGGGCAGGGCGGACCGGACCUCUCGGACGCGGGGACACGCAGCUUGCUCAGGUGCCCUCUGGCCCACCUGGCGCGGAUGUUGAGGGGCGUGCAGCUGGGCUCGAUGCGGUCGGCGGUGCAGUGGACGAGGAUCGCCGAUGUCUUUGCCGCUGCAAGUUGGUCACUGGCCUCGGGCGCUGAUGGCCUUCUGGCGCGAGCGCGUUCCCGCUCUACGAGGCCGCUGCACAGGACGCGCGCUGGGGCCGUGUUCGAGCCAAACUGGAAGCUGAAGCAGCUGGGCACUGUUUCCUGCCGGCCAGGCUCAGCAGUGACGCUCCGCUGCAAGAUUUGCGGUCAUUCGAUCAUUUCGGAGUACUUCUUCUUAUCUCCGCGAACUGGGAAAACAAGGGUACUGGUGCCCAGAGGUAAUGGCAACGAGAGUUGUGCAGGGAGGUAUUCUGCCACGGAUGGCACCCCUUGCAUCGUCGACCUCAUCGGCGGAAUGGAUUAUUGCAAGCAUACUAUUCUGCGCAAGGACUGCAGCGAGUGUGGUGGAUCGGCCUUGUGUCAACAUGGUUUCAGACAACGCAGUUGCCGCCAAUGCCGCUUAACAACAUCUGAUUCUAGUAGAGCUUGGGAGUUGGCGCAUCGUCAACAUCGUGAGUUAUGCGUGAGCGCUCGUAUGUGA